UACAUGUGCAGGCCUACGAGCCGCAUCUCCCCUUCCCUCGGCUCCUCCCCGUCCCCUGCCGCCCAGCCUCCCGCCCUGCUGGUGGGAAGUGCAGCUAUGCCCGGCAUUGUGUGUGCGUGUUUGCGCUCUCAUGCCUUUUGUGUGUCACUGCAGAGCGGCGGAGCAGCCGGCGUGCUCUUUUGUCUCCUUCCCAGCUAAGGGCACCUGCCACCGCCGGCUGCUCCCACUGUGCCCGCUCUCCCCACACAAACCCCCGCACUGCCACUGGCUGCUUUCUGCUAAGGGAUCCUUGGCGUUGACUGGGCGAUACCAGAGGGCACUUCCAGGGGGGCUGAGAAGUUUCCUCUGUUUCUCUCUCUGGACAAGGGGAGAAUACAAUGAAGGAUCUGAAGAAGUACUUGACAGAAGGUCUGCUCCAGUUCACAAUCCUUUUGAGCUUGGUCGGUGUGAGGGUGGACUUUGACUUUUACUUGCCCCCCAUUAGGGAGAUUAUCCAGGGCAGCAGCUCCGCCUAUUCCCAGAUCCCCUUCCACAGUCUGAGGGACACUUGGGAGGGGUCCAGCCUGCACCCUAAAAGCCCAGACCUGGACUCCUUCUUCACUGCUAAGAGGUUGCUGGACCAAGUGAGGGCACUGGGGGGGACACGGGUCCCAAGGACUGAAGUGAGUGCAUGGCUGGUGCAUGCUGGCUCAGGAGAUGCUGAGGCAGGUUCAUUCAGUGCUGACCAAACGUUGCUCACUGCAGCUUCUAAUGAGGAGAGCAGCAGCACCACUGACUCCCCUGCUAACAAUCAUGAAGGCCCCAGCCAGCAGUCUUCAAGAAGCACAUUGCACCAGUGCCAUGCAAGCCCAUCCCAGCAGCACAUUGGUCCUGGGGCCGCCCCGACUUCUUCUGAAUAUACCAAAGAGAAACAAGAAGAGAAGCUGGGCUGCAGUCCAAGCACCUAUGAUUACAAUUAUCUGCAUAGCGAGUCUGGGAAACCUGAAAUGAAUGAAGAUGUCACACAAGAAAACACAGAGGAACCUAUUUCAAUAAGGGACAGCACUGAUAUUGAUCUAAAUGCCAGUAAUAACCAGGGAAUAGAGAUUGACAGAAACACAACCGAACCAUCCCUGUUUUUUGAAGAAUUUAUUCAGCUGUUGGCUCAGACAGAAAAUACACUCGAGGGCACAAAUGAGAAUGCACUUAACGCUACACAACCACCGAACCGAAUGCCACAGGGAAACUCUGUGGGAGAGCUAUGGCAGGAUUUCCUCUUUCUUCCUGAUUUAAAUAUUACACUGGAGGAUAUACAGCCUGUUUCUGAUGCCAGCAGUGGUAGAAAUUCCUUAACCCAGAAUGCUGAUGAUUUUGGAGAGACGCUCAGCCAAGAUGUGAAUUUGCAGGAAGUUAUGUUCCCCUCCAGGAGAGAGGAGACUUUGGCCCAAAGAUCAGAACUGUUUCCUCGGUUAAAUUCAAGUUCCAGCUCAGAAGGAAGUCUAAACCCAGCUAACCUGACACAGUUUCUGCCAACUACUGACAACAGCAGUAGAAAUUUAACAACCCAUGAUCUCCUUUCCGGCAUUGAUGAUAAUGUGUUUGAUGAAAUAAAUCUGAUGUCUUUAGCCCUCGAAGAAGGCUUUGAUCCAAUUGAAGUUUCUCGGUUAUUUGAAGAGCCAGAUUCUGACUCUGGACUUUCAUUAAAUUCAAGCCAUAGCCCAACAUCAGUCAGUAUUUCUGAUUCUUCAUCAGUGUCUUUUGGUGAAGAUGAAGGUGCUGCAGGGUACAGCAGUGACUCAGAGAGUGUUUUGUAUGAUGGCCUGGAAGGAGCUGUUGGUAGCAGCUGGCCAGAAGUGAAUAAAUUCUGUCGCCUGGAUUAUCAGCAGAACUCAGACUACUCUGACAAUGUUACUAUGCACAAUGUACAUCAUAAUCACACAUACAAUCAGUUACCUAAUCAAUUAGAACCAGUUCAUGAAUAUCAUUACAGCUUGUCUGAAAAACAGGGCAAGUUAAGGAGCCCAUGUGUCACUGGCAUUGAUAACAACCUCAGUCGUGACGAACGACGAGCCAAAUCCCUAAGAAUUCCAUUUACAGUCGAUGAGAUUGUCAGUAUGCCCGUGGAGAUGUUCAAUAACAUGCUAACUAAGCACUGUCUUACCGAGUCCCAGGUAACAGUCAUACGAGAUAUUAGACGCAGAGGCAAAAAUAAAGUUGCUGCUCAGAACUGCCGCAAGCGCAAACUUGAUGUCAUUCUCAACCUCGAGGACGAUGUGUGUCAGCUCCAGGUACGCAAGGAAAAGCUGCUGAAAGAACGGGCACAGUGCAGUAAAUCUAUGAGCCACAUGAAGCAGAAACUUAAUGACCUUUAUCGGGACGUGUUUAGCAAACUAAGAGACGAACAGGGACGGCCUGUAAAUCCAAGCCUGUAUGCUCUGCACUGCAACAGCGACGGGAGCAUCAUGGUUGUCCCGAGGAGGUUAUUCAAAUCAGGACAAAAGCAGGAUAUGCAGAAAGAAAAGAAGAAAUGAGCCAUUCUGAAAACUAACUUUGUUGAACGUGUAAUAAUUAUAGCAGAUAAGCCUAUAGAUGAUACAAACAUAUGGUUAUUGGGCGAGAGUUGGACAAAUAUUCUAAUAUUUUGAGUUUAUAAACACUGGACUUCCUGAAAUAAUGGACAUGAUAAGUUAUGAGCAUGAUAGUAAGAAUAGGUUUAAUAGCUCAGACACUCGGAUGACAGCUGUCUGCUAAAUCUCUUAUAGCCCUAUCUCCGCACAUAUGGAAUAGCUGCUUUUCCUGUUCAAAUACGGCACUAAACUACUUAGCAGUCAGUACCGAGCGUACAGUAGCACCUGCAUGGAAAUACUGCCUAAAGGAUUUCUAAUUCAUGCAGCUUCAUUGCCUUCCCGUGGCUAUUAUUAAUGUGUAAGCCAUGAGGCCUACAUACACUGCUUUUAUACCUUUCACAGAACAUUAUAGGUAUUCUAAAAUGAAAAUUAGGCCAAUUUUCUGGUAAAAUUGGAAAUAGUAAAGCAUUCGAUAAAUUAAAAUCUGGCAAGCAUUUUUCUUCGUUGCCACCUUUAAUGAAGAUGACUGUUGACUUAUAAAGUGACCUUAGAUUUAGUCUCUUGCACUGGAGCACAUUGUCUCAUGUCAGACUCUAGCUUUACAUAUUCUCUAUUCCUUUGGCUCACGUUUGUUGUGGUGUGUGUUUUUAAUUUAUAUAACUAUACCGGCUUUUAAAGGCUUUAAAUUAUGCUUUUUGUACUUUUUUUUUACUUCAUACCCUGUUGUUUUAAGUGGUCCUGGUGGCUAAUCAUGGGUAAUCAUUUGUUCAUGUAUGUAAUACUAUUAUAUUGAGCAAUCUGGAGUUGCUGGUUCUAUAUUUUUAUGUCAUUUCUCCAGGAUACAGGCAAGCCCAUUACAUUGUUUCUCGUUGUUUUAUUAGCCAAACCAUAUCUGGUAUAGAGACUGAUGUAAUUUGAAUUAAUGCUGCAAGACAAUAUACCUGUUUUCAGAUACCUGCCUUUAUUGUUUUGUAAAAGGGUUGGUUGGGUGUUCAUAAUGGAUAAAUAAAUUCUCAUUAAUUUUCA